UUCACUUCCUAUAGGGACUGAAAACCAAGUGAGGAGAUGAAGCAUUACACUGUACUGCACCAGAGAAUACAGAGAGGAUAGCCACUGAAGAUAGAUCCUGAUCAUCACCCAAGGAACAACUGCACAACUGUGGGAAGACAUCCAGUCCUUUCAAUCAUUGCUCAACACAGAGAAGGUUGGGCAGUUAAACCUUCAUCUGGAAAUCAGUUGAGUCAGGGGUAUUCUAACAUCUCAUCAGAUCUGAAACUGGUCAGGGGUGAAGGUUCGGCUAUAGGUGAUCAGUCAGGGUGAGGCUGGGAAGAAGUGUGAGUGGCUCCAAGUGUGGUGAGAGCUUCAAUCAUUCAUCGAGCCUCAUGAACCAGUGACUCACUCCUCCAGGGAAAUGUCUGCUCAAGUGUGACUCCAUUGGCUCACAGAUCUCAAGGUACAUUUGUUGUAUAACCAUUAGCGGAAAGGUAGCUUCAUGGCAGAGAAACCCUUCAAGUGUAAAAUGUGCAACAAGUCAUUCUCACGCUCAUCCCAAUUUUGCCUGCACCAACGCAGUCACACAGGGGAGAAACCAUUCACGUGCAAAACGUGCAACAAAUCAUUCUCACAGUCAUCGAACCUCCGUGCACACCAACGCAUCCACACAGGGGAGAAACCAUUCACGUGCAAGGUGUGUGACAAGUCGUUCUCACAUUUUUCAAACCUCCGUGACCAUCAGCGCAUUCAUACAGAGGAGAAACCAUUCACAUGUGACGUGUGUGAUCGAUCCUUCAAACAGUUAUCGAACCUCCUGGUCCAUCAGACAAUCCACACAGGGGAUAAACCCUUCAAGUGUGAGGUGUGUAAUAAAGCUUUUGCAACGUCCACAAAGCUCCUGUCACAUCAGAGUAAUCACACGGGGGAGAAACCAUUCAAGUGCGAUGUUUGUCAAAUGUCAUUCACCCAAUCCUCCGAUCUCCUGAGACAUCAGAGGAUUCACAGAGGAGAGAAACCCUUCAAAUGUGAGGUGUGCAACCGAGCCUUCACACAGUCAUCAAACCUCCGCACACAUCAGCGUAUUCACACGGGGGAGAAACCGUUCAAGUGUGAGGUGUGCAACAAAUCAUUCUCAUGCUCAUAUGACUUUCGUGUUCACCAACGAAUUCACACCCGGGAGAAGUUAUUCACCUGUGCGGUGUGUGAGAAGUCAUUCUUGCGGUCAUCAACCCUUCGUGAACACCAACGCCUUCACACUGGGGAGAAACCAUUCACAUGUGAGGUGUGUAAUAAGGACUUUGCACAGCAGUCAGGCUUGUUAAAUCAUCGGCGUAUUCACACUGGGAAAAAACCUUUCAAACGUAAAGUAUGUGAUUGAUUCUUCACUCGUGAAACAGUAACACAUCCACACAUCCAAGGGAGAAGACAUACAGAUCUGAGGUGUACAAUGCAGGCUUUGGUCAAACAUCAGGCCUGGUGAAUCUCCCAAAGUUCUGCAAAGGAACUAUUCACAUGUGAACUGUGUGACAAAGCCUUCACUAAGUCAUCAAAGCUGAUGGUCUAUCCAGUGUUCUUCACAAGGAAAACCCUGCUGGUGUGAGAUUUAAAAUAAAAUCCUCCCAAAGUCUUCAAAACCUCCUUGCAACCAGUGGGUUCAAGCAGAGGAAAAGCCAUUCACGCGUCAGCUGUUUCUAGGCUUAUGCACAAACCUUAUCAGUGUGAGUUCUAUAUUAAAACCUUCAUAAUAUUGUUGAACCUCCUGGAACAUCAGCAAACCUACAUCUGAGACAAGCCCUUCCAGCAUGAUAUGUCUUUGGAUUGUUUCACCAAACCUUGUUGUGUUGUCAUACAAUGAUGUCUCUGCUUGGACCUGCAGCCAGGUCUGUCUCAAACUGCUCCCACCAUCAGACCAAUCAUUUCAACAGGACUAAUUUAACUUUUGACCAGGUCUCCAAACAUUACUAGAAGAAGACAUCAAUGUGUAUAGAAACGCCUGCAUAAACUCAAGUGUUUUUUCAAGUAUGAAGUUUGAGUCCAGAUUUCACCCAAAUCUCUGCUUUCCGAAAGCAACAAUUGGACCAUAGUGGUGGGAAACCAUUUGGGAGACGAUUGGUGCAGCUAUUGUAAUCAAAACUUUACACAGCUAUCGGACCUCCUGCAGUAUCAAUGAGUAGAGACCGGAGAGAAUCCCUUCCAGUGUGUCUGUGUCAGUAUUGUUUCACCCAUUCUUUGUCUCUUACCUCUCCCACCAUCAGGCCAAUUAUUUCAAGAGGACCAAUUUUACUUUUCACCUAAUGGCAAAACAUCAUCUAAAGCAGACAUCAGUGUGUAUAGAAGCUUCAAUAUAAACUCAGCAUUCAUUCAGUGCAGUGUCAGGUACAAGUCACUCACUGAUUCUCACUCUGACCAAGAAGGCAAUCAGAUACUCUGUGGUUAGAAAGGCUUCAGCCUCAGAUCUAUCAGCACAAGCGCCCGUGGGAGGAGCCAUUUCCUGGGGUAGUAAUGGAGGUAGUUCAAUUAGCCUCAGUGUCUCUGGUCUAUGGAGGAGGAGAAUUAGACAGGAAUCCCAUUCCUCAUCAGUGAGCCCAACUGGGAAGUCAGGGGAGAGCGGGAUGUAUCUCGGCUGUGACAGUCUCCAUUUUUUCACAGCAUUCACUGUUUGCCUCUCCACAUACUGAAUGGUGACUCGACCAGAGCACUAGAGGCCAAUCAAUGUCCACAGUCUGUCCUCCAGGCCAGUACCUGGAGGAGGGAAUCAGUUAGCACAGUUCGCUGGAUGGCAAUUUGCGAUGCAGAGUGAUGCCAACAGCAUGGAUUCAAUUCCAACGCUGGCUGAGGUUAUCGUUAAGGGACAAUCCUUCUAAACAUCUUCUCCUCUCCCAAAGUAUAGUGACCCUCAGGUUAAACCACCACCAGUCCCCUCUCUCUCUCUCUCACUCUCAUGAGAGCCUCCCUUUAACCUUGUGGUUUGGAGAGUAUGUGAUGUGACAACAGCUAGCAUUCACAUAGCAUCUUAAUAUAUCUAAUUAUCUGACAGUGUUUCAUCGAGAUGAAUCACAUAAAAAUUAACACCAAGAGAGAAAAGGGGGGAUGACCUUCAAAUACAAUCAAAGAGGUUGAAUUUAAAGAGAAUCCUAAAUUUAGACAGCGAUCCUCCCACUUCCUCCAAACCAAAGGGGUAGCCAUGGGCACCCGUAUGAGCCCCAGCUAUGCCUGUCUCUUUGUUG